AUGAGGCCUAGUCCCGCUCCACUCGCAGGCAUCAUGAGCAUGGACGACUUUAUGAACCAGCACAAGGACGAGCACGAAGCACAACGUCUCGCGCGCUCGCAAAAGAACGCCACGCCGCCAGCCAAAAAACCACAGACUGGAACUACUGCCUCUCUCACCCCAAUUGCCGUGGGAGCCCGCACAUCCAAGCACACCAUCUUGCUGCACGAAAAAUACCAAGCCCUAGGAAUCGCACAGCCGCUCUUCACCUACAGCGGCGGCAGCAGCUCAGGCUGGACCGCGAGCCUCAGUUUCCCGGGUCUAGACGCCAUCGCCGAGCUGCAAGGCAUUACCGACGAGCGGAAAUUCAACAGCAAGCAAGAAGCCAAGGAGGCGCUGAGCGAGAAGGGCCUAGCCGUGCUGCAAGAACUCGAGGCACAAGGCCGCGUUAAGAAAGCGACAAAGAGCCGGAAGAGCAGUGGCGGCGGACAAGAAGCCCAGCAGCAAGAUGCAGUUGAUAACGAGCCAGCCGAGAAUUACGUGGGUAAACUACUUGAAUUCCAACGCGCAACAAACAGCCCGCAACCCACCUACACCGACUACCAAUCCGGCACGCGCUUCACAUGCCUACUCACGCUCGACGGCACGCCCUCGCCCUUUGGCUCUCUCACCACGCUCUUCAGCACCAAAAAAGCCGCGCGCCAGGCCGCCGCACACGCCGCAGUCGAGCACUUCAAGCGCCUCGGCACAUGGCCCGAUGAGACGACGGCUGGAGCCGGGAUCCGCAAGAAGAAAGCUCAGGAUGAUGCGAGUACUGACAUGAUUUGUCCUUCUUCUUCUUCUUCUUCUUCUUCUUCUUCUUCUUCGUCGCCAACACCCGCAUCAAAUCCAAACUCAAACUCAAAUCCAAGUUCAAAUCAAAAUCAAAAUUCAAGCUUCGCCGCACGCGCUGCAUCCCUCGCAGCCACGCUCUCGCUGCCCACUCCCUCAUGGGUCUUCACGCCGCACGCCUCCGACCCAACAUACCACACGGUAGCAUGUUUUUUCCGGGGCGCGGGGCCACUGCACGAAGGGCCGAUUGGCGAGGUGCGCAAUGUGUAUGGGAAGAAGCGGGCGAAAGAGGAGUGUGCGCGGUUGGUGGUGGGGUAUCUGGAGGGGGUGAGGGAGAGGCGGAGGGAGGAGGGGAGGAGGAGGAUGAUGAUGGGCGUGGUGGUGGGGGCUGUUGAAGGAGAGGGAAGGGGGGAAGAUGACGACGAUGAUGAUGUGUUUAUGGAUGCGGUCGAGUAA